UCAGGACAUCCCUCUUCAGCUCAGUGGCUCUUAAGCAGGCUUCUCACCCGCAUAGUCAGAUCGCAGCCACAGCAGCGCUGCUCACUCGAGUGAAAGGAUGAAGGUCUCUGCUCGGCUUCUGUCAAGUGUUUUCGCGUUGCAUUUCAUUUGCAUUCAUUCCGUGCCAAUCCCAGAGUGGAAGAACAGCAGGCAGAAAGCACUGCCGGGAUGGCUGCAGAAGUUUGAUUUCUACAAUGUGAAGAAAGGAAGCAGGCAGUUCCACACUCAGGACACUGUGAAGGAGGUGUUGACGGGGAACAGCAGCCUUGCUGGUCUACUCCAGCAUGGGAACGCCUCUGACUUGUGGAAGCGGCCGCGCUGUGGCGUUCCUGACUACCCCCAACAGAAGGGCAUGCAUGGCAAGCUGCACCGGCAGAAGAGAUUCGUGCUGUUCGGAGGACGCUGGGAGAAGACUGACCUGACUUACAAGAUCAUGCGUUUUCCAUGGCAGAUGAGCAAAGCGAAGGUGCAGCAGAUUCUCACGGAGGCCCUGAAGGUUUGGAGUGAUGUCACGCCUCUGACUUUCACAGAAAUUAGCGAAGGAAGGGCGGACAUUAUCAUCGAUUUCACAAGGUACUGGCAUGGAGACAACCUCCCCUUUGAUGGCCCUGGUGGGAUUCUGGCCCACGCCUUCUUCCCCAGGACGCAUAGGGAAGGAGACGUCCACUUCGACUAUGACGAGACCUGGACAGUUGGGAACAACAUGGGUACAGACCUCCUUCAGGUGGCGGCUCACGAGUUUGGCCACGUUCUGGGGCUGCAGCAUUCCCUGGAGCCGGGCGCAGUGAUGUCACCCUUCUACAGCUUCUCAUACCCGCUGAUGCUGAGCGAGGACGACAAGCGUGGGAUCCAAUACCUAUACGGCCUGCCUCCCCACCCGGCCCCGCCCCAAACCACCACUGAGACCAAUGAGAUAAUCCUAGCACCGGACGCCUGUGAGACUAACUUUGACGCAGUGUCGAUGAUCCGGGGCGAGCUCUUCUUCUUCAGGUCGCGCUACGUGUGGCGCAUCAGGAACGGGCGGCUGCAGGAGGGCUACCCUGCGCUGGCAUCGCGUCACUGGAGGGGCAUUCCAGAGCACAUCGACGCUGCCUUUGAAGACGGGUCUGGGAAUAUCUGGUUCUUUCAAGGUCAUAGCUACUGGAUCUACGAUGGGGAAAGGCAGGUUUCAGGGCCUAACUCGUUGCAAAGCCUGGGGCUGCCGGUCUCCGAUAUCCAGGCAGCUCUGAUGUGGGGCCCCGAGAAGAACAAGAAGAUUUACUUAUUCAAGAGCGGCAGCUACUGGCGCUUCAAUCCUGCCGUAGAGCGUGUGGACGAGGUGUACCCACGCAGCAUCCUGGACUGGAGGGGAAUCCCCAUGGAUAUCGACGCAGCCUUCCAGGACAGCUAUGGGUAUGCCCACUUUCUUCAGGGCAGCCAGUACUGGAAGUUUGACCCAGUGGCUGUGAAGGCACUAGAGGGAUACCCUCGCCUGAUUGGACAGGAUUUCUUCAGUUGCCGUGGCUCACCUAACAACUACUAUUAUCAAGAAAACACCAUGGCCCAGAGCUUCACCCAGGAAUACCUUCAAAUCCCCGCGGUCACCAGGGCGUACACAACGGCCUGCGUGCUGACCACAGCCGCCGUGCAACUAGAAUUCAUCACUCCAUUUCAGCUGUACUUCAACCCUGAUCUGAUUUUUAAAAGAUACCAGCUAUGGCGGCUGAUCACCAACUUUCUUUUUUUUGGUCCCCUGGGAUUCAGCUUCCUGUUCAACAUGAUAUUUCUAUACCGAUAUUGCCGAAUGCUGGAGGAAGGCUCGUUCAGGGGCAGAACAGCAGACUUCGUCUUCAUGUUCCUGUUUGGUGGAGUCCUCAUGACACUGUUCGGCCUCUUUGCAAGCCUGUUCUUCCUGGGCCAGGCCUUCACCAUCAUGCUGGUGUACGUGUGGAGCCGCAGGAACCCCUACGUGCGCAUGAACUUCUUUGGGCUGCUCAACUUCCAGGCCCCCUUCCUGCCCUGGGUGCUCAUGGGCUUCUCCCUGCUGCUGGGUAACUCCAUCGUCAUUGACCUCCUGGGAAUUGGAGUUGGCCACAUUUACUUCUUUUUAGAAGAUGUGUUCCCAAACCAGCCUGGAGGGAAGAAACUGCUGGUCACCCCAGGCAUCCUGAAAGCUAUUUUUGAUGCCCCGGAGGAGGAUCCCAACUACAACCCUCUCCCAGAAGAGCAGCUCGGAGGCCCCACAGAGGGUGCAGGGGAAGAGGGGGAGCAGAGGGCAGACAAUGCUGGGGGGCAGGAGCGCCCUCAAGACCAACCGCACCAAAACGAACAGGAGCAGCGAUAGGAGGGCCAGCCUCCUAGACUGACCUGCACACUGACAGCAUACUGAGCAAGGGGACAUUGACAAACUGCUUGGAGACAAAUGCUCAAAUAGCCUACUGCACAGCUAAGUAGAAGACUGUAAGCAGGGGGUGAUAGUCCCUGUGCUGUAAUGUACCUCUCCUGGUAUCACUAGGGGCGACUGCAGAGAGGCAAUAGGGCUUCUUACUGGAAGUGCCAAGCUUUGGGUCGACACGCAUUUGAGAAUGGGAGGCCAAUAUAGAGCACUGUGAUUGACUCUGUACUCCAUUUACGUGGAACCGCAGACCUAUUUCUUUAAUUUUUUUGUUUAAGUGCUAGUUUACCGGUGCCAAUUGUGUGAGGUUUUAGUUGUUUUCUUGUUUCAGUCUGAGAAACUGUUUCUACCAUUAAACUGUGUUCCUCUGUUUUAAACCACAGUUGUAUGGGACACUUGUGGAAAAAGUAUGGGCUUAAAUGUCCUACAUUUUUUCUUUUUCAUGGAAUGGAUACCAGUGCACUUACAGCUACAGCUAACCAAGGCCAGACAUUGGCAGGCUUGAGAAAGCCAGUGGCAGUGCCAACUUUGCCAUCUAUGAGAGGUUUCUGCAAAUUGACGUGAGGAGAAGUGUUGUAAGUUUUAGGUAUUUAAAAUAAAUACAUUAAAAAUAAUAAUGAAAAUUACGGAAGAGAAUGUGCCCCCACAGAAAUAUGUCUUUCUGUUUGGUUAGGCUACCACCGUUACAUUUAAUCCUAAGCAUGCAAGACACAUUAAAUGCAAAUGACCUGUAUACAGUAUUGAUCAAAGCUGCAUUGUGGUACAGCACCUUCCCCAAUGGGCCAAUCCUCUACUUAAUUAAGCCAACCCACUGAAGGGGGGGGGGGGGUAAAAUAAUCUGCAAGAGUUACUAACUACCUUUUACAGAAUCCCCUUUGGCUAACACAAGUUUUAAACUAUUUAUAGUUUGUUUAAAUUUUCAUAAUAUUUUUUUAAAUGUCAAAAUUAUUGUUGACACCUUCUGUAAUGUACAGUUUUUCAGCCAAAUGAGAAUAUUAACAUUUAUAAACUAUACCUACAGUAGUAUGAAUGACAUUUUUGAAUGAUUGCCAUUUGGUUUAACACAGAGGGUUUGAAUAGGUGCAACUGCUUUGUGUGUAACUACUAUAACUAAAACGUUUAGACAGAAUUUACAGAAUAUGACAUAUUCCUUUUCAAUACAUCGGUUACAUUUCUACUUUCAUAGCUCAUCCUUUGCAUUUAUGUAUUUAUUAAACUGUGUGUUACUUGUUGAUCCAGCACCCUGCCUCACGGUACUUUGAUCAGUAUUUCAAUAAACCCGGAAAAAUUGUUUUCACUUCCCAUAAUUUAAUUAUUUUGCUUGGUCACAACAGAGGUUCUCAAAGCUCUAAUCACUGCUUUGCCUGGACUGUGGAUUUACUCACAAAUGUACCGACUGCCUGAAAUUCACCCUUAGCAGACUAGUUAUGUCAGCAGCUUUAACACACUGCCGGUGUCCAAAAAAUAAAUAAAUAAAUAAACAAAAAACUGAAUGCCAAAUAGAAACAGCUUACAGCAAAUAGUUUGGGAAAACAUUACAAUACACCAGUGGUACUCAACUCUGGCCCUCGAAAUUGAUUCCAGUCCUGGUCUUUAUUCCAAGCAGGUCCUACGUUAGUUAAUGACCUCUUAACAGUUUCAGUUAACUACAUUAGAAACUGCUUGGAGUAAAAAAAACCUGGACUGGAUUAGAUCGAGAGGGGCAGAGUUGAGUACCGGUGCAAUACUGUACUGAAAAAGUAACAUCAGCCACAUUAGACAGAGAUGUCCGUACACAUGUUUAGCGUUAAUGUUUACACUAACUGUAUUAAGCUGUUCAAUUAUCUCAUAUAAUCUUUUUUGUGCCUAGACGUAGAUCCUGCAAGAAGGACCACUGGUUGUUUUUUUUGUUUUGUUAAACAGAGCCGCCUAAAACAAUGCAAGAAGCCGGUGUGACCAGGGGUCUGUUUCCCAAUAACACAGUAGAUUAUUCUUUCCAGUGAGGUGCAGUUGCUUCUGGUUUAUCAUGUGUGAUUCCCCAAACCCCUCGAUAUUCUGAAGAUCACAGUUUGGUUUUUAGGCAUCACUUAAUGGUCUCCACUAUAUUAAAGUGCAGAAUAUUUCAUGGUAACCCCCCACAAAUCCAAUCAUCCCAGACCACUCUUGGACUUAAGUAGAAGUUCAAGAAUGUUUUUGGGUAGGUAGAGGUUUCGGGAAACAGUGUGGUUUGCAAAAGUUGUUGCAACAGGGCUCCUGUGAUGUUGAUAAAGGUGAAGUAGCUGCUGGGAAACAGCCCCUUGGUGUUUAAAGAUGACCAGCUAGCCUUUGGUCUUAACUGUCUAUUGAAUUCAUCUGUAAUUCCUCAGUAUCAGCAUGUGACAAGACUGGGCCCAAUCAGGACAACAGCAGUGAUUAUGAACAUGACCUAAAAGCAGGUCUUAAUGUGUUUUUUUUUGUUUGUUUUUUUGUUCUAAAUCUGCAAGCCUUUAAAAUAAAAUCUUUUAAAAAACUGUA